AUGAAAGAUAUAUAUUUUAACCAGAUAAACCAGAAACCAGGAGAAGCAUUUGAAUCAUACUUUGCCGCUCUGAAAUAUCUUGCAAAAAUUAGCAAUUUUGGUGUAUUGCAUGAAAGUCUGAUCAGAGAUUGCAUUGUACUGGGUGUUCAAGACAAUACCACUCGAAAGCGUUUACUACAAGAACGUAAGCGGACUCUGAAAACCAGCUCUGAUAUUUGUACAAGUGACGAAGCCACUUGCACACAGAUGGGUGCAAUAGCAGCACCACCUGAAGAGAUAAACAAGUUGAAAACUUAUCGAAGAAACCCUGCUGCAUUCAAGCAGAGACAUGUCCUACAAAAGAAACUGUGUCCUGCUUGGGGAAAAUCUUGCUUAAAGUGCAGACAGAUGGAGCAUUUUGCUGUUAAGUGUCGGCAAACUAAAGUACACCACAUUGAUGAACGGUACAUCUCUGAUGAUUCUGAUAGUGAGGUGAUACAGACAACUGGUGAUGGACACAAAACUGUCUUCGUGAAGAUGAAAGUCACUGGAAAACCUAUUAAGUUCCAAAUUGAUUGUGGAUCCACUGUUAAUAUUUUGCCAAGGAAGUUUGUUCGAAACAUCAAGAUAAAACAGACCGAACUGACUCUAAGAAUGUGGAACAAAUCAAAUCUAACCACUCUUGGUACCUGCAGACAAAUUAUACGAAACCCAGCAAAUAGAGAGAGAGUUACUCUGUUCAGUUUGUUGUUGUGGGACAAAAUCUGCAACCAAUUCUUGGCAAGAGAGCUUCAGAACAAAUGA